AUGGAUAUUAAAAUAUUAAUAUUUAAAAAUAGAUAUAUUUUUAAAAAGAUUAUUAAAGAGAGAAAUGAAUUGUACAAGACAUGGUAUUGGAAGGAAUGUCUGUCGAGACCUUUACAUUUGAUGAUUGCAAAUGGAGAGUUUGAUAUGUUAAAAUAUUCAUUGUCAAAGUACAAAGAACAACACUUUAUACUAUUGUCGUUUGCAUUGCAGAGGUCACAGACGAGCUCGUCAGCAACACCAAUACAACCAAUCGAUGCUGCUGCCUUUGCCAAUCGUCUAGACAUUGCAAUCUACUUGCACAACUACUUUUCACAAGAAGAAGAAGAGUCUGACAGGUUUACAAAAGCACUCAUUCAAACAUCCGACGCUAUCAACUAUGCUGCUAGAAACCUAAACUUUGAAAUGGUCAAGUUUCUAACAAGUACAGUAAACCUAAAUUGGAACAAACAAGCUAUAUUGUCUGCAAUCAAUCCAACCGUCAGUGAUGGAUUUGAUGAUCUAGUACUUGAAGAAAGAGGAUUAGAAAUUAUAAAAUAUUUAAUGAAACAAGGUAGAUAUUAUACCUAUCGAGAUAAUAGUACAAGUCCAAUUUACCAAGCCAUUCAUUGUGGAAAGAAAAAGAUAUUAGAGUAUCUUGUUGGAGUGUGUAUAUUGGAUGUGGCAGAGUUUGGGUCAGAGAGGUUACUUGGAACACCACCAAUACAAAAUCGAGCCUAUCAUUGUGCUCUAAGAUCUGGUGAUUUGGAGAUGAUUGAUAUCAUGUGGGCAUUCAAGAGUGCUCAUCAUCCAGGUGACCAAAACAAAUAUCACGAGUCGUUAUUGUCUGCCAUUGCCUCCAACAAGAUAGAGACCGUCAACCAUGUCAUUGCCAAGUUUCCAUCGCCACCUCCUCACUUUAAACAUUGUGCCUAUAUAGCGUCACCCUUUUUACCAAAUGUUGCCCUCUCUGACCAAAUGUUGGAUUAUAUUGUCAAUCAUAAAGAUAUUCAAUCUUUAAUUCAACUAUCAAUCGAUCCAUACAUUAAAGAAAAUAGAAUAGAUACUAUAACAAAAUUUAAAAAUCUAUUUAUGGUCUUUGGACAAAAUGUAACAGAUUUGGUAGAACAAGGAAAUAUUAGAGUAUUGAAACAUUUGAUCACAAAUAUUGGUAUAAAGAUGGGUGAAGGAGUAUCUAUAGUAUCGGCCAUUGAAGCUGGUAAUCCAGAGAUCCUUCAAUUUGUUUAUGAAAACAAAAUUGCAAAAUCUGAUCCUUCAAGAGAAGAUAAACAAAUUAAACAAAGUAAAAUUGUUGUAAAAUCAUUAUGGUAUCAUUCAACUAGAAAACAACAAAUAGAUGGUAGUGGUAGAUAUUUGGAAUGUUUAAAAUUUGCAUUAGAUACAAAGAUUGUAGAAGUUAGACAUAUAUUAAAUGCAUUGGUCUAUUGGAAUGGAGAUAAAGAUUUAUUCAAUACGAUUCCACAACUAUUACCUUUAUUUCAAAAACUACAUCCAAAAAAGUUGAUUGAGUCACCAGUAUUGACAAAUGUACAAUUAUAUUCAAACUCUUUUACAGAGAGACAACCAUUUAGUCAUGGUGUAAAGGAAUUAAUUGAAAUAUCGCCAACUGUGGAAAUGUAUUACAAAAAAGAGUGUGAUCAACCAUUGGGAGAUUGGGCUUGUGAAAGUGACAAUUUGGAGCUAGUACAAUACCUAGUAUCACUUGGUAAUCCAAACCUUUUCACUAAAAAGGCUAUAGAUAUAUGUUUAUAUUACAACAAGUCAUGUGACGUGUUACAGUAUCUAUCUAGUAACGUAUUCCCCAUUCCACUGUCAUUUGGUGAUCAAAUGUUGACGGCUCGAUUCAUUUCACUAGACUCGCUACAAUUUUUAUUUCCAGCAGUGGUAGACUGGUCAACCAAAACAACCAUUGUCUCAUCAGUCAACAGCCUUGAACAUGCCUAUAAAUCUCAACGAUACCAAAACAUCUACUACGCAUUACAACAAUUUAAAAUUGUAUCCCCCAAAGAGAAACCACUCAAUCCAGAGGUUACCAACCGAGUUACAUGUCCCGUUCGAGUUGGAGGUGAUCUUGGGUAUUGGCAAGCUUACCCAAUCUAUAAAGAAGAUCAAGUGGUCUUCUCUGUAGAAUCAUCGAUCACGUUGGAGGAAAGAUUGGUUAAUCAAGAUUAUGCAGACUUUACAUGUUAUCUCUGUUUGGGAUUGGUUAAUGACACUAGACAAUGCUCUAUUGGUCACAUUGCAUGUUUCGAAUGCAUCAAACCAUUGACUGAAAAAGAGGGCAAUAAAUGUCACUGUGGUGAACCAAUCAACCUACAGAGCCUGAGUAGAAAUUUGGUAGCCAACAAUAGGGUCUAUUGUGCCAACCAUUUUAGAUUGGUGGAUGGUAAAUGGGAAGAAUACCUUGAUCAACAAGGAUGUAACGAAAUAACCACGAUCGAACAAUCAGAGAGUCAUCAGAAAUCAUGUCCACUUAACAAGUAUAAAUGUAAACAUGAUGGCUGUGAUGCACAGUUGGUCAAAGUGGAAUUAGAUGUACAUGAAGAAGAAUGUGUUCAUCAAUUGGUAGAAUGUUAUUUAUGUCAGGAAACAUUAAAGUCAUUGAAUAUGAGUGAUCAUUUACUUGUUAUGUGUCCUGAAGUAAAUGAAGACUGUUUAAAUGGUUGUGGAGAUACUUAUCCGAGAAAAACAAGAGAUGAUCAUUUUCAAACUUGUCCCGAUCAAAUUAUAUGUUGUCCAUUUGGUGAUGAAAUCUGUAAAGAAAAGGACAAGAGAAAAUAUAUGGACGCUCAUGCUCAAGCUUCUUGGCAUAUUGCUCAACUUGUAAUUAAAACGAAUCAAAAUAAUAAGAAAUUAAAGGAGGAAAACGACAAACUAAACAAUCUAAUGGUGCAAUUGGUUAUAGAUAAAAUAGCUUUAGGUAGCCAAUUAAACAAUCUCAUCGGGCAAUUGGAUAAAGAUAAAAUAGCUUUAGAAAGCCAAAUAGAUCUUUGUAUCAAAAAGAAAUCAAAGGAAUGGAUUAUUCCAAGUGACCCUAACUCUAGUGGUUGGCAAUCAGAUAGUUUCAAAAUAAGAGGCUGUACUUUUUAUUUUGAUUUGUUGAAAACCACUGGUGCAAUGGGUUGGUAUGUUAAUUCUGACAAACCUGCAGUAAUCAAUUACACUAUUGAAGUAACAGAGAAAGAUGGUCUACUCUUUACAGAAAAAAAAAUGGGUCGGGAAAUUAAACAAUCUAUACAUUUCCCAUCAAUGAGUGCAUUCCAAAGAAAAUCAGAAACAAAUAUAAAGCUUACCAUCGGUGUAUUAUCAUACACUAAAUAA